UCCUCUAACCAAAAACCAAAACGAUCGCCAGCGACUGCUCGACUACGGGAGGGUGCAAAAGAAGAGGAAGUAAAGCGUCUGAGCGAGACAGGGUGACAGGGGAAAUUGCCGGCCACCAGCAAAAGGAGGAGCAGGGAAAGCUCGAACAAGCCAUAGCAGUAGAUCCCACGAAUCGAUUUCCUGAGGUCAUUGUCAUCUGAAGCUUAACUGAAACAUAUCAUGGGUAUUUCUUCAAAAUGGCUUAGAUCAUUGGUUGGCAUAAGGAAACAAGAGAAUUUACAACGUCCAGAAAAUGGCAAAAAUAAAAGUGCCUCAGCCAAUAGUUUGUGCAGCCAGAAGAAAAACUCUGUUGGCCUUGAUUGUGUUAUGAUGGAAGAUGAGUUUGCUCCUGCAGUGGCUCCAUAUGCUGGCAAUGCUAACAUUCAGUCAAAUUCAAACUCCGCUUCCUCUCCCACCAUAUCAGAAAAUAGACAAUUGGCCUAUCAAACACAACAGAGCAUGAGAGAGGAGUGGGCUGCCGUAUUUAUUCAAUCUGCUUUUCGAGCAUUCCUGGCUAGAAGAGCAUUGCGAGCUCUAAAAGGGCUAGUUAGAUUACAGGCCCUUGUUAGGGGUCAUGCUGUGAGAAAACAGGCUGCAAUAACUCUUCGCUGCAUGCAAGCGCUAGUACGAGUUCAGGCCCGUGUAAGAGCUAGGCGAGUUCGCAUGGCAUUAGAAAGCCAACUGGGGUGUCAACAAGUUCAGGAACAACAAUCACAUGAAGCACAUGUGAGGGAAAUAGAGGAAGGCUGGUGUGACAGUGUUGGCUCUGUAGAGGAAAUUCAGGCAAAAUUGCUGAAGAGGCAACAAGCUGCAGCCAAGCGUGAGAGAGCCAUGGCAUAUGCUGUCACUCAUCAGUGGCAAGCAGGUUCCAGGAAGGCAGCUGCUGCUGCUCCAGGUUUUGAACCAGAUAAAGAUAGCUGGGGUUGGAACUGGUUAGAAAGAUGGAUGGCAGUUCGUCCAUGGGAAAAUAGGUUCCUUGAUAUUAGUCUUAAAGAUGGGGUUAACGUUAAUGAGAAUGGAAAAGCUGAAGAAAAGGGGGGAAUCAGUGGAAUUAAAACCCUAUACAAAUCCACUGGCAAGAGACCCAUUUCAACUCUUCAUUCCAAUACGUUAAUCCAUAAAUCACUACCGUCGGCGUCUGAUGGAAGCAAUUCCUCAUCAAACUGGUCUGCUAGUGUGCUGGCCCCUUCUUUCCCAUCAGGUAAGCCAAAACAAAAGCCAUCAUUAGAGGAGGUUUAUGCAGAAGCCACAUCUCGAGCAUCUGGAGUUGGCACUCGAUCUUAUAGCAAUCCAAAGGAGAGGCCCUUUCAACUGGAAUCACAGGCUAAGAGGUUGUCCUUACCAAACAGUGGUUUAGGAGCAGGAAAACACACUGCAAACAAAGUUGCAGUGAACAGGUCAACAAUUCAGAGGCCCCUUAAAGAUCCACAAAAAUCUGAGACUAAACACCAAAAGAGUCCGAAGGAUCCAGCUUCAGAGAGACCGAAUGUGCAGAUAUGAGUAGCUGGUUCUAAGAUUUUUCCACUGUUGUAUCCAAUGUUCCAUCUGUACAUAUUCACAUGAUCUUGUUUCGGAAAGUCGUGGUCCUAUUAAUCUCUACAACUCUAUCUUCUGGACGCCGAAGACCAGAGGACUGGUGGUGGUUGAUGAUUCUGUAGUAUUAUCGGUUGGUACGUAUUUGUUGUUGUGAUUUCGAGAUAUGUAAUUGUCACUUUUUACCUACUGCCGAGUCUACCAAAUAUUUCUGGAUCCCUUUUCUGUGCGGACUAUAAAUAUAAUGGCUAUGUUUUGGAUGAA